GUUUGCUGAUGUCAAGAAGAGGAAAAACCCAACUUCCUCAUCGCACCGGCUCAAAACUCAAAUAGAAGCUCCUCGUCUCCUCAGUCAUCAGCUGUGAGCUCUAAGUGCACCUAAACCACGACGAGAAGACCACCAAGGGCUGAACAAGGAAGGUGUUUCAAGGUAACUAACACAUCACAGCUGACGUUUUAUCAAGCAGGAAGAACAUGAUCAGUCUUUUCAGGCCAAGGAGAGAUGAAUACUGAAGUUACUUCCUUCUCAGCUGUACACCCCUGGAGCAAAAACACAUACGUCUCCUCUCUGAACCACUUAGACUCUGACACCUCUGCAUGGAUCUUCCCUUCACUCCUCACAGCUCUAAACUCCUCCAGUCUCCCCUGUGAGCGAAUGUAUCCCAGUGAAGCCGACCCCUCCUCAGACCCCCAGCACCUGGAGGCCCAGCUGGACUUCUUCCACAAGCUUGGGUACUCCACCGCUCAGGUCCAGGCCAUUCAGCAGAAGUUCGGCCCCAGCGUGGACACGGAUAAAGUCCUCGGCGAGCUGGUUCGGAUUGGGGCAAGUCGGGAGGUCAAGCAGGUGCCGGUGACUACCAUGUCUGUUCUGGUGCCCAAAGGGGACACGCAGGCUGGAGGUCUGACAAUGCUGCUUCCCCUUACUGCAUCGUCUCCUAAGAGAGAGGAGAGCGGAGAGGAUGAAGACGCUCUGAGACCCAUUGUUAUAGACGGGAGCAACGUGGCCAUGAGCCAUGGGAACAAGGAAGUUUUCUCCUGUCUGGGAAUCCAGCUGGCGGUAAAUUUCUUUCUGGAAAGAGGCCACAAUGAAAUCACCGUGUUUGUUCCCUCUUGGAGGAAGGAGCAGCCCAGACCAGACGUUCCAAUCACAGAUCAGCACAUUCUGCGAGAGCUGGAGAAGAAGAAGAUUCUGGUCUUCACUCCAUCACGCCGAGUCGCAGGUAAACGCGUGGUCUGUAAUGACGACUGCUUCAUCGUCAAGGAGGCCUACGAGUCCGACGGCAUCAUCGUGUCCAACGACAUGUACCGGGACCUGCAGGUUGAAAAGCCAAUCUGGAAGCGCUUCAUUGAGGAGAGGCUGCUUAUGUACUCCUUCGUCAAUAACAAGUUUAUGCCUCCGGAUGAUCCUCUGGGCCGACAUGGACCAACACUGGAGAACUUCUUACGGAGGUUUCCAAAGAACCAGAAAAGAAAGCCAUGCCCUUAUGGGAAGAAAUGCACGUAUGGAAUCAAAUGUAAAUUUCACCACCCUGAGCGAGCCAACCAGUCCAACCGCUCUGUUGCUGACGAGCUUCGGGACUUAGCUAAGCAACCCUCCACUGCCCCGAAACAAUCCUUGCUUCGUCACAGUCCUGUUCCUGGACAGAGCCUCUUGUUGUUGGAGACCAUGGCAAAGAAACUGACUUUGGAAGAUCAUAAACCUGAAAAUUUACCUCCGAUGAAGGGGAGUCAUCGUUCUGGCAAGAGGACCACAUCUAGGAAGGAAAAGACCAGCCAUAAGUCGUCUUCUGAUCAGGGCUCUUUAGGGCACAGUGGGUCUCAUGAGAAGCUGGACUCUGGUUUAGGCUCUAUAGACAGUCAGCAAAUGGAGGCUCCAUGGAGUAUUUGUGAUAACAAGUAUGGAAGCCCUCAGCAUACCCACGGUGUAAGACAGCCGCACUGUGCACCCUGCAGCUGCUGCUCUCAUGGCCCUGACCCUCGGGGGACCACACAAACUUUCCAGCACCACAACCAGCACUACAGCUCAGAUAUGAUCCCCUAUGGUCCGCCUCCUUAUGCCAGCUAUGGUCCUUACCCAGUCAGCAUGCCUACAGAUUACCAGCACAGCAGAGUCCGUGGCCAACAGCAGCAGUACUGGUCAGAUCCGUUCGGGGCUCAUCCUGCGAUGGAUUGUAAGCUGCCAGGGAAGCGCUCACACUGGGAGCAUCCUCAGGGGAAACAACCGCAUCCCAGGGACACUUGUGAUGAGAGGGAAGUCGUCCGUAAGAAGCUCCUUGCUAUCUUCAGUGCCCACUUGGUGGACAAGGCCAUGGACAUGUUUCCUCAGCAGAUGGAUCCACAGAAACUGGUCGCUGAGAUCCUCGUCCUGCAGAGUCAGGACAGGUCGCUGAGAUGAAAUGUAGUCCAGGACCAGUCUGAACCCACGUCUUUCAGUAGAAAGACUACAAAGACAAACAUGUGUUAGUGUUGUUUUGUAACGUGGUAUCCACCUUGAUUAUUAAGUGCUUUUUGAAUGCUGCGGGACGUAUAGCAGUCACCAACUUCACAUUACGUCCAUUUUUCUCCAGUGCUACGUUUAGGGUAGGAAGUUCAAAGUCUUUUAAACUGCUCUUCUUCAGGUUAUGUGACCUAGAUAACCAUAAAGGUUGUUUCUCAAUUCAGUACUUGUCAGUAGGUCAGCAACUAAGACAGAUACUGGAAUCCUAGUAGAAGUCUUUUCAAUAUCUUAUAAAUCAGGUUGUCUUAAAAUGAUACUGUCAGAUACCCUUGUUAUUAUUCUUCUUCAGCGAGGAACGUAGCACUCAAACAUUUUACUAGCCUCUAAGCUUCCCACCUUGAUCGUGAUGUCAGAGGAAAAUGGCCGUUGUGUGAUUGUGUUCAAUUAUAAAUUACCUCAAUGAACUUAAUUGAAUAAGCGGCAGCACAUGCGUUUGAUACAAAUUGUGUCUUUAUUUAAAAUAUAAAACAAAGGUGGAUUUUAAAACCACAAAUUUGAAUUGAAGGGGUAACACCUUGAUGCUCAUUAGAUACAGGCACUGUCUUAAUUUAUCAGGUGCAGUCUUAAACAAUCCAACACGACAGUUCAUUCGUAAAACCUGUUUUAUGAUGUCUAUAAUGCUCACUUUUAUUUGAGGCUGCCAUAGAGAUAAUAAUUUAAUUGUAUGUUAUUUGUUUUUGUUAAGAGGAGUUGAAUGCCUUGUAUAAAAAGUCUUUGUGUCAUAUUGGCACUGUGCACGGCUCUCGACGCCAAGUGUUGUGAAGGUGUGGGUGCAUGGAUGCAUCAGCCCUUCAUCGAACUGUCACAAUGAAUGAGUUAUGGUGAUGAGGACUUCAUUAACACCAUCACUUCCUGUGAUUAAGAACUCAAAAAAUAAGAAUAGAAACUUCAAAAUGGUUGUAUAAUGGUUUAUAUUUCCAGUAUUGUUCAUGUUAUGUGUUGCUGCAAUAUUUUUUGAUACUUAUCCAUAUUGUGAUAAGUUUGAAUGAAAUAAGAUGUUCGGUAAAAGCUUGGAAGACACCCAAGAUGAAAACAGAGCUGUCAGCAAAACAAUGCUUUAGUAUUUAUUUAUUUACAUAAGAGCAUGUUAACUGAAGGUUAACUGGGCAUUAAAAACCUAUAUUGUUUGUAUUCAGUGUUGUGUAACAUAAUGAAUGUCAUUAAUGAGAAAUAAAAAUAAAUACUUUUCAUUUA